AUGGGCAGUAGGCACUGGGGAUACGACGAUGAGCAGGAGAACGACUAUGAAAGGGAGCGUGAUGAGGUAGACGAGGACGAUGAUCGAAACGGCGAUGACAUGGAGCGAGAGGAGGAGAUGGAGUCGGAUGCAGAUGACUACGUCGAAGAUUGGGCUCGCAAUGUGCCUCCAGUAUUCAUGGUCCUUCUUUUGAACAGGAGAGACGGUCCAAGAGGACGGAGUCCAAGUCGGCGAGGUCCAAACGAGCGAGGCGUAGGAGCCCCAGCGAUCCGCCCGGUAUCCGGGAAGCCCAAGGAACCCAAAACAGACAAGAACAAGGAUAAGAACGAAGACAAGGACAAGGAUAAGAAAGUAGCCCGCCCCAGCAGAGAUGAUAACUCGGAGAAGGAUGGAAAGAAAAAUUAG